AUGUCUUCAUCUUCUCUUCCUCAUCUCCUCUUCUGCUUCUUGAUCUUCUUCUCAAGUACUAAUACUGUUUUCUCACUUCCGGUACCGCUUCUUACUCCGAUAGAAAAAGACCAUCCUAGUCUUCAACACACAACCACAAUUCACCAUGGUACUCCAUUUACGCCAACUAAAUUACUUAUCGACUUGAGUUCUUCCUUUAGUUGGAUUCACUAUAAUACUACAAACUUCACCUCUAAUUCCCACAACCCAAUUCCUUGCGAUUCCCCACUUUGCAAAUCUCUUGGUUCCUUGGCAUGUUCUAACCAAACCUGUUCACUCUUCCCCGAAAACCCGUUAACCCGGAGAGCUACUAUAGCUGCCUCGGUCCAGGACUUAGUGGCUUUGCCAAGUACCGACGGUCGUAACCCGGGGCCGCACACUUCCGUGUCCGAUUUCAUUUUCGCCUCUUCUUCUCAACCACAACUUCUUCACGGAUUGCCAGCGGAUGUUAGUGGUGUUUUCGCACUUGGCCGGUCGGACUUAUCGUUUCCGGCGCAGGUCAGCAGGGCUUUCUCUUUGCCUUACAUAUUUACGUUGUGUCUAUCAAGCUCACCUUCUGCUCCAGGUGUUGGUUUUUUCGGUACUCGUGGACCUUUUAUAUUUCAUCCGGAAAUUGACCUUUCGAAUUCACUUGUUUACACUCCGCUCAUACUGAACCCCGUUAGUCAUACCGUUAUGACUUAUCACAAGAUCCCAUCACCGGAGUAUUACAUCGGUGUAAGUUCCGUUAGGGUUAACGGAAAACCUGUGCUGAUUAACGAGAAAUUAUUGACCAUUGAUGAGAACGGAUAUGGUGGGACCAAGAUAAACAGUGUUGUACCGUACACCACAAUGGAGAGUUCAAUUUACAGAGCAUUUACUAAAAUGUUUAUACAAGAAGCUGCUUUGAUGAACCUUACUAUGACAAAACCGGUGAGGCCUUAUGGCGUUUGUUUCAAGUCGGAUGUACUAGGGCAUACAAGAGUGGGACCAGCUGUUCCUACCGUUGAUUUUGUGAUGCAUCAUGAUAGAGUUUAUUGGAGGUUUUUUGGUGGAAAUUUGAUGGUUAGGAUUCCGGGUGAUGAUGCUAGUGAUGAUGGUGAUGGUGGUAAAUGGUGUUUAGGCUUCGUAGAUGGCGGGAUUAACGCAACAACCUCAGUUGUGAUUGGUGCACAUCAAAUUGAGAAUAAUCUUAUUCAGUUUGAUCUAAGGCUGAGAAGGUUUGGAUUUAGUUCUUCACUUAUGACUAGGGAAACUACUUGUGCUAAUUUUAAUUUUACAAUAAACCCUAAAUUGAAUUGGUAG